GAACCUGGCCCCGGGAAAACCCCCGGGAGGGUGGGCAGGCGGGCGAGAGUCCAGAUCUCUGGGCCUUGAAUUUGGGGAAGUUAUGAAUGAGAGGCACUCUUUUUCAGCCAAAGCCCCAGGUACCUUGUAAAUUUUGACAGGAAUUGAGUGAGCCUGAGCAAGGCCAAGUUCCAAAGGGAGGAGAGGCCCCCGCCAGGCUUCAGCGCCCACACGACUGGGUCCUUCAUGACCUCGAUGCAGAGGCCUCCAUGGCUGUGAUAAGCCUUCUGUUCUUGGCAGUGAUGUAUGUUGUCCACCACCCCCUGAUGGUCAGUGACCGGAUGGACCUGGACACACUGGCCAGAAGUCGGCAGCUGGAGAAGCGGAUGAGUGAGGAGAUGCGCCAGUUAGAGAUAGAGUUUGAAGAGAGAAAUCGAGCAGCUGAGCAGAAGCAGAAGGCAGAGAACUUCUGGAGAGGAGACACAUCCAGCGACCAGUUAGUGCUGGGGAAGAAGGACAUGGGGUGGCCGUUCCAGGCCGAGGGCCAGGAGGGGCCGCUGAGCUGGAUGCUGGGAAACCUGUGGAACGCCGGCCUCUUUUGCCUCUUUCUCAUCUUCGAGCUCCUGCGACAGAACAUGCAGCUCGAGCCAGCCUUUGAUUCUAGCAGUGACGAGGAGGCAGAGGAGGAAGUCCGGCGGGUGCCCAUCACCUCCUACAACUGGCUUGCCGACUUCCCCUCGCAGGAGACCCUGGAAUCGUUUUACAGACACUAUGUCCAGAACGUCGUCCGUGACCUUCCCUGCACGUGCGAGUUCGUGGAGAGCUUCGUGGACGACCUCAUUGAGGCCUGCCGGGUGCUCAGCCGCCGGGAGGCUCACCCGCAGCUGGAGGACUGCCUGGGCAUUGGGGCUGCCUUUGAGAAAUGGGGUACUCUCCACGAGACCCAGAAAUUUGAUAUCCUGGUGCCCAUCGUCCCCCCGCAGGGCACUAUGUUUGUGCUGGAGAUGAGAGAUCCGGCCCUGGGCCACCGCUGUGGCAGUGUGCUGGUGGAGUCGGAAUGUGUGUGUAAGCGCGAGAAGCUUCUAGGGGACGUGCUUUGCCUAGUGCACCACCACCGGGACCACUCGGCCCUUCUGGGCAAGUGUAGCAGCUCCAUCAAGGCAGCACUCUGUACCGGGUCCCACUUGGAUGCAUGCAAGACUGCACAGUGGUUCCGGAACAUGGUGGGCAAUGCCUGGGCCCUAGUGGCCCACAAGUAUGACUUUCAGCUAAGCCUCCCACCAUCCACCACGUCCUGCAAGCUCAGGCUAGACUAUCGCUCAGGCCGCUUUCUCUCAAUCCGUUUGGUCCUGGGGGUGCAGCGGGAAGACACCUUGGUCUACCUGGUGAGCCAGGCUUCCGAGCAGGAACAGCUCACCAGUGUGGACUGGCCUGAGUCCUUUGCAGCCUGUGAGCACUUGUUUCUGAAGCUUGUAGGGCGUUUUGCUCCCGAGAACACUUGUCACCUCAAAUGCCUCCAGAUCAUCUUAAGUCUCCGGGACCUUCAGAGCCUGCCCCAGGGAGCAUCUCGUCCCAUCCUCACCUCUUACCACUUCAAAACAGCCCUCAUGCACCUGUUGCUGCGGCUGCCGCUCACAGACUGGCAGCACAGCAUGCUCUCCCAGCGGCUCCAGGACAUCCUCUGGUUCCUGGGUCGGGGUCUCCAGCAGAGGUCCCUCCAUCACUUCCUCAUUGGUAAUAGCUUCUUGCCCCUGACCAUCCCCAUCCCCAAGACAUUUCGGAAUGCUGAGCCUGUCAACCUCUUCCGACACCUGGUGCUUAACCCCAUGGCACAUUCACAGGCAGUGGAAGAGUUCCACAGCCUUCUGACCCGGGUGAAAGGUCUGCCCUGCACCCCAUUGGCCGGGGCAUGUUAAUGUAAAGGCCAUUAAAGAGGGGGAGAAGGUAUUUUUGAUUCCUCGGGCUGCAAAAGAGUUUAUUUUUUUAGAUACAUCAGUGGUGUAUGUGACCCUCACCUUGUGAGUAGGGGCUAUGGGAGAUUAUGACACUCGAAGGAGCACGUGAAGCUAUCACAAAGACGCCUCCCCCAUGGGGCUUAGUCUAGGGUGGGUCUUCAGAGGCUUUCCUUCUUUUGACCUAACUUUCGGUGUUGUCGUGACUCACAGAGAGCCCAGGGAAACGGGUAUUAUGGGAGGAUCUUGCUGCUAACGAGUUGAGAAACCGAACAAGGGGCCUGUGAAAUUGUGUUUUGUAUCAACACUGGAAACAAGAGAACCAGAUGAUACCUCCAUCCAACUCACUCCUUCUCGUAUUUUAGGAUGUAAUUUUUACAACCUUCACUGUUCGAAGAUGUAACAGAGGUGUUUAUUUUGUUUUCUUAAUUUAGCCCAAUUUUCAUGACAAUGCAGCUGUUUAUAUGCAUCUGAAAAAAAUUCCAGUACUAUCCAAAUAAUUUCUUAGCAUUGAUUCUGAGAGAUUUUAAGUUAGUAGUGACCGGUCAGAUAAUUGAGAUAAUGUAUUUGCAAAAAUUAACUAGCCAGCAUCUAAUGACCUUUUUUGUGCCUAGAAGCAACAUUAUAAAACCCUUAACAAGGACAAUUGGGAAGGGGGUUCUGAGAUGAACAAUUGUUUCUGGUGUUUCUGGGAGGAGCCACUUGUUUGUUAAAUGGAAAGAUUUAGCUACCAUGUGUAGCUGUGCUUUUUCUGUCUGGCAAUGCCUUUGUAUCUUCUUCAAAGAUGACAAAGGAUUAUUUGAACUAUGUUUGCAGUUUUGCAAGGCAAGGUCAUCACAAUGGAGGACCACUGGCAGGACUGGACAGGAAGGGACUGCGAAGCAGUCAGUUCAAAUACAGUUGUGCUUCUGGAAAUGUGAUUGGUGUGUUUUUCCAUUCUUUAAAACCCUGGGCAUCCUGAGGAGUGUUAGGAAAUAUGACGAUGAUUGUGGGUGUGGUUGUUUUAGAAAUCCAAUGCUGUCUCUAUUUUGCAUGCCAAGAAGAUCUGCUGGGGAGAAGCUGGCCCCACAUUUAGCUUGACCUCAUGGUGGUCUAGUUGCUGGCCUUGAGGGCUUUGGUUGUAGAGUCCACACCCUCCCCUCAGCAAAAAUAAAUUACAAGUGUCCAAGAUGCUGAUGCCAGUCGAUAUUUGAGACUCCUACUGCACAAUAACUGCUGUGCUCCCAGGUUGUCUGCUGAUAUCUGCCGGUACUGCUUUCAAGUUAAGAUGCGGUGAUGGUUGGUUCCAUGCUGGUGGGAUUUUGGUGUUUUAUAAACAUCCAUAUGCUUUUUGUUUAGAAAAUAAUUUGCUGGUGUUUCAUUCUAAAUCAAUAAAGGAAGCAAUUUCUGUA